ACCCGAGCUCCUUCGUGCUGAUUUGUGCCGAGUUUUAUUUUUGCCAUAGUGUCGUCAGUUUUCGCAGUGACGGGGUGCCAAAACAGUCUAAACAUGUUCCUCGAUAAACCAUUCUCCAGACUACCAGCUGUGGACAAGAGAUAUGGAUUGAAAUGAGAGAAACUCUACUAUUUGAGAUCCCUGUCAGGAUGGAGCGGUGGUCAGGUCGUGUGGCCCUGGUGACUGGUGCCAGCAUGGGGAUCGGUGCCAGUGUGGCCAGGCGACUGGUGGCUGAGGGCAUGAAGGUGGUGGGAGCAGCUCGUAGCAUUGACAAACUACAGGCCUUGGCGAGUGAACUCAAGGGUCAACGAGGCACACUUAUCCCCAUCAAGUGUGACCUCACCAAGGACGAGGAGGUGCUGGCCAUGUUCGCCAAGAUCAAGAAGGACCUCGGAGGUGUGGACGUGUGUAUCAACAAUGCAGGAUUCACCCACAACAAGUCCCUGCUGGAGGGAAGCCCCAAGGAGUGGCGUGAGAUGAUGGAUCUCAACGUUGUGGCUCUGUGCUUAUGUACACGCGAGAGUAUUGCUUCCAUGCGAGAACGCGGCGUUGACGAUGGACACAUCAUCCACAUCAGCAGCUUCUCUGGACACCGUGUCACCCCCAAUAAAGCUGUUCACUUCUACUCCGCCACCAAGUUCGCCGUCACAGCACUCACUGAGGGACUGCGGCAGGAGCUGAGGGAAGCUAACUCCAACAUCAGGAUAUCCGCCAUCAGUCCCGGUUUGGUGGAAACUGAGUUUAUUGCAAAUGCCCGCUUGGCAGAGGAUGCAAAUGCAGCCAAGAAGUUCUACAAGGAGCGUGGGAGCUUGAGUGCGGAUGACAUCACCGCCACUCUUGUCCACAUUCUCAGUGCCCCUCCCCAUGUUCAGAUCCAUGAUGUGCUGAUCCGUCCCAUAACACAGGCUCUGUGAAUGUCCUUUUCUGUUCCUCUCUCUUUGCCUGGAAUUGCUGCACAGCUGUUACUGGUUGUUAAUGCAGUUACUCAUCUUUGUCUGUCCAGCAUUAAUACUGAUGAAGAAAGGACACACCAUUUGUGUGAUGAACGGAAGACCAGUGUCCUCAACUUGCAAUUGUUUAAUCAAAUAAAGGGAGAUUUCUUUCA